AGCGGGGCCGCCAUGUUGGGGCUGCAGCGGAACGCGCUCCUCGGCCUGCAGCUGUACUGCGGGGGCAGCCCGGCCCCCCCCCCGCCCCCCGCACCGGGCCCGUUGCGGAGCCCCGAGCAGGAGCUGGACGGCUGCGAACCGGAGCCCGAACCGGAGCCCGACGGCCUCCGCCGGGCCUCGCUCGACAUCAUCGGGCGGUACCUCAGGGAGGCGGCGGGAGAGCCGCGGCCCGGCCCCAAGCAGCUGCUGCCGGCAGGGCCCGGCCGGCCCCGGGGGGGUGAGGACGGGGUGGAGGAGGCGCUGGAGACGCUGAGGAGACUCGGGGACAGUGUCCUGAGGAAGCACGAGCUGGCGUUCCGGGGAAUGCUUCGGAAGCUGGAUAUCCAGAAGGAAGAGGACCUGCAGGCAGUGCGGGACGUGGCCGCGCACUUGUUCAGCGACGGGGUGACCAACUGGGGCCGUGUGGUGACGCUCAUCUCCUUCGGGGCCUUCGUGGCCAAGCACCUGCAGAGCAUCCAGCAGGAGCGCAGCAUUGGUUCCUUGGCUGGGAUCAUCACGGAUGCACUGCUCUCCUCCAGCCGCGAGUGGAUGCUGAGCCAGGGCGGUUGGGAGGGCUUCGUAGAAUUCUUUCAUGUGGAAGACCUGGAAGGCAGCAUCAGGAAGGUGCUGAUGGCGUUUGCAGGCGUGGCUGGACUAGGAGCAAGCUUGGCCUACAUGAUCCGGUGAGCCCGGGGCUGCUGCAGAGGGACAGGACUCGGGGUGGCCUGGCUCCGUGUGGGGCUGGGGAGCUCAUCACGGCCUCUCUGAGCACUUACAAAGCUGGACUUGAGUGCCCCGAGGAGAAGAUCCCCUGAGCGAUGCGGUCGGGUUGGGGACCGCUGAGGAUUCACUGCUUGGGGGCCACAGAGCGGAGGAGCUGGAGAUGAGCUGCUUGCCAAGAGGAUGCUGACCCAGAGCUCGGACGGACGCUUCACUUGUAUCCCAGAGGGACCCAUCCUGCUUAGCAGCAAGGCCGUGAGCCCCAGCAGCCGGACUGAGCUCAGCACCGCAGCUCUGCCUGGAGCAGAUGCUUUGGGCUUGUGGCUUUCUGGAAAUAGCAUCUGCUGCUGCCCUGCCUCUGCUUGUGGCCUCCCUGCAGGAGCAGAGGAGCUGCUGUGGCCCGAGGGGUGCAGGCUCCAGCCCCCAUGCUGAGAGCAGAGCCGGUGGCAGGCACUGGGAAACAACAGCAUUUGGAAGGGUGGAAACCCCCCCAGGGAAGGGGACCUGGAGCCGGGCACUGGGGGGGUGAGCUCUGAGCAGGGGGUUGGAGCUGUUGGGUCUGUAUUGGCUGCUCCUCCCUUGCUCUGGAUCCCAAAGCCAGGAGUUAAAGCUGAUGUUUGAAUGUAGAUGUGGAGCCUGGGACCACCCGGCCCUUGGGCCCCAGGCACUGGGGAUGCUUCUUGGGGGGCUGGGAGCACUCAUCUGCCUCCGGCCCUGGGUUGUGUGGUUCCUGGGGAUGCUCUCCUUUAGGAGCGAGCAUCCUCGCCCCUGGUGCUUGUCCUGCUGGGGAGCUGGGAGAUGGUGCUAAGGCCGGACCUGCUUGUUUGCUGAGCAAGCACUUAGUUUUGUCAAUAAAUGCCCUUGGUUCUCAA